CAAUGACCUCAGUUGGAGAAAGAAGCCUUUUUUUCCUUGAGCUACAGCGGUAGACGGCGCCAUAUUGAAAGACGGGAAUUCUUUUAACAAACGUCUAAAGUAUCAAGCACGCCAAAAUGCUGUACUUAGAGGAUUACUUGGAGAUGAUCGAGCAGCUACCCAUGGAUCUGCGCGACAGGUUUACGGAAAUGAGAGAGAUGGACCUGCAAGUUCAGAAUGCCAUGGAUCAGCUAGAGCAGCGUGUGAAUGAGUUCUUUAUCAAUGCGAAGAAGAACAAACCUGAGUGGAGAGAAGAACAAAUGGAGGUGAUAAAGAAGGACUAUUACAAAGCAUUGGAGGAUGCAGAUGAGAAGGUCCAGUUAGCCAAUCAGAUUUACGAUUUGGUGGACCGGCACCUCAGGAAGCUGGACCAGGAGCUGGCCAAGUUCAAGAUGGAGCUGGAGGCGGACAACGCCGGGAUCACGGAGAUCCUGGAGAGACGUUCACUGGAGAUGGACAGCCCAUCGCAGCCAGUCAACAACCACCACGCCCACUCUCACACAACAGUGGAAAAGAGGAAAUACACAACACCAGCUCACCACACAACAGAGCACGUCCCGGAGAAGAAGUUCAAGUCCGAGGCCCUGCUCUCGACCCUCACGUCCGACGCCUCCAAAGAGAACACGCCAGGCUGUAGGAACAGCAACAUGUCCUCCUCCUCCAACAGUGUCUACAGCGUCAACUCCUCCCAGCCUCUCACCUCCUAUAAUCUCAGCUCCCUGCCCGCGGGCGCUGGGGCAGGGGCGGGGGCUAUCACCAUGGCAGCGGCGCAGGCCGUGCAGGCCACUGCCCAGAUGAAGGAGGGCCGCAGGACGUCCAGUCUGAAGGCCAGCUACGAGGCCAUCAAGAACAACGACUUCCAGCUGGGCCGCGAGUUCCCGCUGUCCCGCGAGUCCAGCAGCUACUCGUCCUCCGCGCUGGCGUCCACGCUCACGCAGACGCUCGCCCCCUCCUCCUCCUCCUCUGACUCCCGCGGCGGCCGCAAGACCAAAAGCAACACAAAGUCUUCAAACCACCAGUCCUCUUCCUCGUCGUCCUCCUCCUCCCUGUCGUCCUGCUCCUCUUCCUCCGCCCUGGCCCAGGAGCUAUCCCAGCAGGCCUCUGUGCUGCCGGAGUCGGAGGCCAACAACCAGGCGGACUGGACCUACGACCCCAACGAACCCCGCUACUGCAUCUGCAAUCAGGUGUCUUACGGGGAGAUGGUGGGAUGCGACAAUCAAGACUGCCCCAUCGAGUGGUUCCACUACGGCUGCGUGGGACUGACCGAAGCGCCCAAGGGCAAGUGGUACUGCCCCCAGUGCACAGCCGCCAUGAAGAGGAGGGGCAGCAGGCACAAAUAGACCCCGCCCCCUCGGCUUUCUGGAUUCCCUUUUACAGACCACUGGUUAUAAACCCCGCCCCCGUCCCCACCCCCUCCUCUCCCCUCCCCCUCCAGGACUGUCAGUCACAAAUGUGCAUGAAUUAUGCAAAGUGUGUACCUGCUGUGUCACUACAGAGUAAGCCCAGUUCCUUUGUGGUUUUUCGAACAAAUACAGAAAAAGGGGUGUCUUGCAUUUAAACGGCAAGGAAGUAAAAGAGGUGUAAACACUCGCUCCGUGAAACCAUACAUCAGACCGUGAGAAGCCCGUAACGUAGGCAACACACAUUCCCCAGUGCAGUCCCCACCUGACAGAUGAAAACAUUGUACACAGCAGCAUGAAGUGCUUAUUGUUUUUAUUGUUCAUCCGUUAAAAAAAAAAAAACAAAACAAAAAAACGACGUGUUCUGCGAAAACCGGCGUCAGACGUAGUGCUGGAGAGCGGAGCUGCCUUGAUGUUCGGGGGGGAA